CACUUUCACUUAGAUACAGAUGCCUUGGGUUACUUACUGCACUCCAGGAAAAACUCUAAUGAUGUUAUACCAGCAGAUACACAUUCACUUUUAUUUUCUUUUUCUUUCUUUCUUUUUUUUUUUGUUGUUGUUGUUGAGACAGGGUCUUGCUGGAGUGCAGUGGUACGAUCUUGGCUUGCUGCAACCUCCACCUCCUGGGUUCAGGCAAUUCUCUUGCCUCCGCCUCCUGAGUAGCUGGGAUUACAGGCACAUGCCACCAUGCCCAGCUAAUUUUUUUGUAUUUUUAGUAGAGACAGGAUUUCACCAUGUUGGCCAACCUGGUCUUGAACUCCUGGCCUCAUGUGAUCUGUCCACCUUGGCCUCCCAAAGUUCUGGGAUUACAGGCAGGAGCCACUGUUUCUAACCUACAUUCGCUUUUAAAACUGUUGCUUAUAGAAAACUUUAAAUGUGUAUAAAAGUAGAGAGAAUAAUAAAGGAGUCUCUCUGUGCCCAAAACCCAGCUUAACAAUGAUCAGUUCAUGGCCAGCCUCAUUCCAGCUGUAUUCCGGCCCACUUUUCCUUAUUACCAAAGCAGUUCCUAGACAUCAUAUCAUUCUAGCUGUAUGUAUUAUAUAUCUAAAAGAUAAGGACUCCAUAACACACAAUCACAGUACCGUUAUCACACCUAAAAAAAUUAACCACAGUUUCUCGAUAUCAUCAAGUCCAGUUUCCCCUGCUGUCUAACUGUUUACUUUGAGUAGGUGUUUGAAUCUAACAAGGUCUGUAUAUUAUAGAUUAAUAGAUAAUGUCUUUUAGACUCUCUUAAGCAUAGGUUCUCAUUCCUUCUCUCUUUUUUCUUUACAUUUUAUUGUUGAAGACACUUUGGGUUCCUUGUCUUACAGCAUUUCCCAUAUCCUGAAUUUUGUUGAUUUCAUCUUCCCAGUGGGCUUUAAUAUAUUCACUUUGUAAAGAGACCCUACACUAACUCACUUUACCACGUAGAUUACCAUCCCUGCUGAAUCCAUGUUUAUCCAUAAUUUCCCUUGUGUGGCUCUUUACCAAAAGGUAAAUAGUUUUUGCCAUGUAGCUUACAGUGUAAUCUGAAAGGUAAUAAAAUUGUAAACUCUUUCAAAAUACUAAUAUCAAAUAGUAUUUUGUCAGCCAAGAUAUGUCAGCCAAGCAUGGUAGCUCACACCUGUCGCUGGAGCCCAGAAUUUGGAGACCAGCCCGGGCAACAUAGUAAGAUCCCAUUUCUACGAAAAAUUUAAAAAUUAUCUGGGCAUGGUGGUGCAUGUGCUUAUAGUCCCAGCUCCCUGGGGGGGCUGUGGUGGGAGGAUUGCUUGAGCCCAGGAGUUUGAGGCUACAGUGAGCUAAGUUUGCACCACUGCUCUCCAGCCUGGUGAUAGAGCAAGACUCUGUCUCUUGAAAAAAGGGGUGUGUGUGUGUGUGUGUGUGUGUGUGUGUGCAGAAACAUAUAAUAUGUCAAAUACAGACAUCUCUGCUAUAACACAAUUUAUGCAUUCAUAAAAAAUACUACAUUUUGCAAAGUUCCACAUUAAAAGUAACAGAGCUCAUGGGAAAAAUUGGGUAAGAGUCAAAGUGCUAAAAUGUAUAUCGUUUUGCAACCAGAAUACAUGUUGCCUAUCCCUCCACACACAUAGUAAUUGUUUCCUCAUGAGAUAAUUCACUCAGACCAGGGGGCUACUUGGAAGUCUUAAAAAUGUUCAAAGACGGUCGAAUAGACAUGCUCCCCAUUAAGGGGCCACAAUGGAGUGUAAUCUGCCACUAGCUGAGGGCUGUCUGGGGAGAGUUGCUGGGUUGCAGGUUGGUAGUCGGCCUGCAGAAAGUUCGUAGGAGUGCCUUCAGGACCACUGCUGGGGGAGCAAGAGGGACGAAGCAAGAUUACAUAGGGAGAAGAUGGGGCCUGCAGUGUAGACUGAAGUUUUCGGCUGACUCCGUAGGGAGCUCUUCCCAGCUGUCCCAGAUCUUUGAAAGGGGCAGAGCCUUUGUGCCCCUGCAUUGCCCAGUCUCAGGGUCCAACCCUGUAGGGUGAGCCCUUUGGGGGCAUAGCUCAUGCUUAAUUUUCUUAAAAUAGACUGGAGGUGUCCUUCCUAUGUCGCAGCCACGCUGAGACUUGGGACUUUUUCUUUCUUUCCUGUGGUUAUAGUUCUGCUCACACUGUCCUGGCUUCCCUUGCCUAGGAUAUGUCAUGUGUGCACCAUGCAACUCCCCGCUUUUGCUGGCGCCAUUCCCCUGUUUACCAAGACAGCCACGCUGCUUGGUGUUGUAGAAACAGAGCACCAACCGUGCAAGAGAAGAGCAAGGAGUCACAAGCCUCUUCACUUCCGUACUGGCUUUAGGAAGGUACUGGCGCCAUUUAUAGACUUAACCCUGAUUUUCAGUUAUUAGGUUUAUCAGUUCCAAGAAAUUCACCUAAAAUGUAACAGCUCUUUAAAUAUAUUGGCAAGCAAGUGAACAAAUGAUUAAGAAUACUUGUUUAAGAUAACAAGGCAUUCUGAAUUGAUGAAAAUGUGAAAAAUGAAGAAGGAUUAUAAACCAAAGGCACUAGUGGAGCCGCAUACAACCCGGAUGCCCUCAGUGAGAAAGGUGGCCGCCUCCCUUUUUACACAUCAUGGCCUAGUUCUGCGUUCGCCAUAUAAACUCCCUUGACCUGGUAGUGAUGUACCCAGUCCAGAAUCUUUUCAGGGCGAUGCCAGUUCCUCCACUCCAGACGAGAACAAAAGCACGACAACCAGCGCCUUCACCAUCCAGGAGUACUUUGCCCAGCGGAUGGCAGCACUGAAGAACAAGCCCCAGGUCCCAGAUCCAGGGCCUGACCUUUCGGAGACUCAGGUGGAUAGAAAAACGAUGAAGAAGAGAAACAAAGAGGCCGCAGGUAAGGAUGUGAAGCGUUCCCCGAAGCCUAAGGCCAAGAGGCAUACGGAGGAAAAUCCCAAGAGGGAUGAGGCCGAGGAGCAGGGGGCCAGGAAGAAGAGCGCGGGGGAGCAGCUCAGAGGCCCCUGCUGGGACGCGGGUUCCGACACCUCUGCUCAGGAUGCUGGGGACUGUACGCGGCCUCCUGAGGGCCAAGACGUCACCCUGAAGCCCAAAAAGAGGAGAGGGAAGAAAAAGCUGCAGAAGGCGGUGGAGAUAGUGGAGGAUGCUACGCCAGAGGAAAUGCCAGUGCAAAAGAAGAAGAAGAAGAAGAAAGAUUGCAAAUGAAUCUCCCUAGCUGGGGCCUUCCGACCACUCAGCUGUCAGGGCGCUGCCAGGGGAGACACUCUGGCCUGAAGUCAGAGCAGAGUUCACCCCAGAGAGCCUGGGCGCAUCUUGUGACAUGCCCAUGGGCCGCCAAGUCCCUCCCUCUUGCCACAUUUCCCUCAAGUUAGGCUCCCAGAAGGACCUUUUUAAUGUUCUAAAUCAUGGCUCUCAGAAACAAAUAAUUUUUUUAAUAAACUCUGA